AAUUCAAACUAACGGUCAGUGACACCGUCAUACCAAUGAGUACAUUCUCACUUGGAGAACACUUGCUCAUUGUUCACCAACGACUUCAUUUCGUUUUGUGUGCUGUUUUGUGCUGUGAUUUUAAGUUAAAGACAAUUUGUUGGUCGUUUCAAUUUUUAUUAGUAAAAUGUCGCGUAGCGAGCAAAAGGAAAAUGCGCCAAUCAAAUUGGACAAAUAUUUGGAAAACAACAACGAGCAUGAAUCUAAACGCGAUAGCCGACUGGAAUAUUUGUUGAAACGAGCUGAACUGUUUUCGCAUUUUGUCACGAAUGGCACGAAAGCUAAAAACGCAGGCAAAAAGGGUCAUCGCAACAAAGAGUCAGCUGAAAUUAAACCCAAACGACUAAAGAAGGAAGACGGUAGCUUUGAAUUGCCAGUGUCGGACAGGGACGAAGUGAAGUUGAUGCAAUAUGACAAAACGCCCGAUUACAUUGACGGUGAAAUGCGCGACUAUCAAAUAAAUGGGUUGAAUUGGUUAAUCAAAUUGUGCGAAAAUGGAAUCAAUGGGAUUUUGGGCGAUGAAAUGGGCCUUGGCAAAACCAUUCAGACCAUUUCGAUUUUUGGCUACAUGAAGAAUGUCAAGAAAGUUGACGGACCAUUUUUGGUGAUUGCACCGUUGUCAACGCUACAAAAUUGGUUGAACGAAGCACAACGCUUCUGUCCAUCAUUGCGAGCGUUUGUGUUGCACGCUUACAAGAAAGAUCGUCCGAAAUUGUUGAAAAGAUUGAAGGAGCCCGAAGAUUGGGAUUUGUGCAUCACAUCAUACGAUAUCGCUUUGAAAGAAUAUCAUAAAUUCCGAAAACCGAAAUGGCAAUACGUUGUGCUAGAUGAAGGUCAUAAGAUCAAAAAUGAAAAGUCGAAGAUGAAUGAAGCAUUACAUGCGAUCAAGUCGAACCAUCGGCUCAUGCUCACCGGAACUCCAUUGCAGAACAAUUUGCAUGAGCUCUGGGCUUUGUUGAACUAUCUGUUACCGGACGUAUUCUCCAGUUCAGCCGAUUUUGACACCUGGUUUGACGCAGACGAUUGUUUGAGUGGUAAUCAAACAACCGUCAAUCGUAUACACGUCAUUCUGAAGCCAUUCAUGUUGCGUCGCAUCAAAUCCGAAGUAGAAUUAUCAUUGUUGCCCAAGAAAGAGAUGAAAUUGUACGUCGAUUUAGCACCACUUCAACGUGACACAUACAAGAAGGUGUUGCUCAAGGAAAUCAAGGUCAUCAAAGGCAAUGGUGAAGUGACAUACGCUAAAAUCAAUCAGAUUUUGAUGGAAUUGCGUAAGGCGGCUAAUCAUCCGUAUCUCAUAAAUGGCAUCGAAUCUGGUCCACCUUAUACAACUGAUCAACAUUUGGUCGAUAGUUGCGGAAAGAUGAAAGUGUUGGAUCAGUUGCUUGCACAGCUCAAGGCAAAAGGAUCGCGUGUAGUUCUAUUCAGUCAAUUCAAGAUUAUGCUCGACAUAAUCGAAGAUUACUUGGUUUGGAAGGGCUACACAUUUCGUCGGUUGGAUGGCGACAAGCAAAUUGAACAGCGCACUGCUGAUAUAAGCGAUUUCAAUGCCGAGAACAGCGAUGUUUUCAUAUUCAUCAUCACGACGCGAGCGGGUGGCUUAGGUAUCAACCUAACAACGGCUGACACCGUAAUCAUCUACGAUUCCGAUUGGAAUCCCCAGGUUGACUUUCAAGCAAUCGAUCGCGUUCACCGAAUCGGCCAGAAGAAACAAGUUCAUGUGUUCCGGCUCAUCACCGAAUUCACUGUUGAUCAACGCAUCGUUCAACGGGCUGAAAUCAAAGAACGUCUCGACAGAUUGGUGAUCAAAAGCAGUCGCAAAGCUAGCAUAAAGAAUGAGGGAGAAAACCAUAAAGACGUCCUACUUGAUGUUAUCAGAUUCGGUGCUGACGAAAUGCUAUCGGACAACAAAUCGGAUGUGAAUUUCGAUUUGAAGCGAAUUAUGGCUGACGCAAAAUCGAAAGAGGAUGCAGAAAAAGCAAGGCUUGAUGGAAUGACAUUGGAGCAAAGCUCCAGUACAUCGGUUUAUCAAUUUGAAGGCUUUGAUUUUCGGGCAAAACAACCAGUGGCAGCACCAUCAUCAACUGCGACUGUGUCGGAAACCAAAGUUCUGCCAUCAAAGUCUAACAUUUAAUACAAAGAAGCAGCAUUACUUCAAGAAAAACAAUUCAUUACCGCAUUCGUUCAUCAUUAUACAUAAAUAUUUCACACGGCUCUAAGCCUUUUAUAAUGUUAAGAAAAAUGUUCAAAUUUAAGACGUAUCUUUAGUUGCCAAAUGACGAAAAUACAUGCAAUUUUUAUAGGAUCGACAAAAAAGUGUAACUUAAGCGUAUGAUUAACAUCAUUGUCAAACUCUACUCUGCAAAUAGUUCGAUAUUAAUUUAUAUCACAUAGAAACUGUUCAAGAAUUUGCUAAUCGUUUGAAUAAAAACUCUCGUUUUGUUUUCAAUGCAAA